AUGGCAUAUUGUUACUUUUCAAAGAUUGCACUCCUCAAGCAAGGGCCACUUGAGGUGGCCAGGGAGCGGUGCUCUGGUGGUGCUCCGGUGGCAGCCUGGUGGUGGCUCGGUGGUAGGGCGGAGCCUCCUCGGGGGCUGGGCGGAGCGGAGCCAAGGGGCCGGGCUGCGGAGGAGGUCGGGCCGGGUGACGGAGGAGUUCGAGCUGAGUGGCGGAAGUCGGCGGCGGGGAGGCCGGGCCGGGUGGCGGCUGAGGAGCUGGGGGCCGCAGGGAGCGGAGGGCGGGGGCUGCAAGGAGCGGAGGCCGGGGGCUGCAGGCGGCGGCAAGCCGGGGAGCUAGGGGCCGCAGGAGGUGGCGGGGUCACCGGAGGUCGACAGCACGGGGUCGCCAAAGGGGGCCGGGCCGGCGGGGGUCGGCAGUUCCCAAAAGUGUAG